UGAUUGGUUAUUUUGAGCAGAGGAGUUUGCCGGCGUGGUGGGCAGUCUCCCUCACAUUGGUGUCCCCACGUACGCUCUUGUUUAGCCUUCCCGCUUCUGCGCAGCUCGAUCCGGCUAAAGCGAUCCAGCCUGCCCCCUUGUCCGUUUGCCCCCUUUGAGCAGCAUGUCUGAUUACGGCGCUCUACCGACAAAUGGAGUCGGUGCUGGGAUGAAAAAAGACGCUUUUGCUGAUGCUGUACAACGAGCCAGACAGAUUGCAGCUAAAAUCGGUGGAGACGGUGUUCCCUCAGUGAGCAACAACGGUGGAGCUGAGAGUUAUCCCUUCGCAGCACAGAAACGGUCCUUGGAAGAAGCAGAUGAACCCGAUGCUAAGAAGGUAGCAUCACAGAGCGAGAUAGAUUCUGCAUUGUCUAUUGGAGCUCAGCUGGCUGCCCUGUCCCAACAAAGUGCCAGGCCCUCCACGAUGACGGAGGAGUAUAGGGUGCCUGAUGGCAUGGUCGGCCUCAUCAUUGGCCGAGGAGGUGAACAGAUUAACAAAAUCCAGCAGGAUUCUGGCUGCAAGGUCCAGAUUGCGCAUGGUGAGCUAGACAGUGCUGGUCUUUCAGAAAGAAGUGUUUCUCUGACCGGAUCCCCAGAUGCUGUACAGAGAGCUAAGGCCCUUAUAGAUGACAUAGUGUCCAGGGGUCAUGAGACAACCAAUGGGCAGACAGGUUCCAUGCAGGAGAUGAUCAUCCCUGCAGGCAAGGCUGGGCUUAUUAUAGGCAAAGGAGGAGAGACCAUCAAACAGCUACAGGAGCGGGCUGGUGUUAAAAUGAUUCUUAUUCAAGAUGGAUCCCAGCCACCCAACAUUGAUAAACCUCUGCGCAUCAUUGGAGACCCCUACAAAGUGCAGCAAGCAAAGGAGAUGGUUAAUGAGAUUCUACGAGAAAGGGAUCACGCAGGUUUUGGAGACCGGAAUGAAUACGGCUCAAGGAUGGGUGGAGGCGGCGGCGGUGGAGGUGGAGGUGGUGGUGGUGGUGGUGGCGGCGGUGGUGGUGGUGGUAUUGAUAUCGCUGUGCCCCGCCAUUCUGUGGGAGUUGUAAUUGGCCGAAGUGGCGAGAUGAUCAAGAAGAUCCAGAGUGAUGCUGGAGUGAAGAUACAGUUUAAACCUGAUGAUGGUACAGGUCCGGAUAAAAUAGCCCAUAUUAUGGGUCCACCAGACCAGUGUCAGCACGCAGCCUCCAUCAUCACUGACCUGCUAAACAGCAUCCGUGCCAGAGAGGAGGGUGGGCAGGGGGGUCCCCCAGGCUCUGGUGGAGGGAUGCCACCUGGUGGACGAGGGCGGGGUAGAGGCCAGGGAAACUGGGGUCCUCCAGGAGGAGAGAUGACCUUCUCCAUCCCUGCUCACAAAUGUGGGCUUGUCAUCGGCAGAGGAGGAGAGAACGUCAAGGCCAUCAACCAACAGACCGGGGCGUUUGUUGAGAUUUCUCGCCAGCCACCACCAAAUGGUGACCCAAACUUCAAACUGUUCAUCAUCCGUGGGUCGCCACAACAGAUCGACCAUGCGAAGCAGCUUAUAGAAGAGAAGAUUGAGGCUCCAUUGUGUCCAGUUGGUGGGGGUCCUGGUCCAGGGGGCCCAGGUGGGCCAGGUCCAAUGGGUGGUCCUUAUAAUCCCAACCCUUACAAUGCAGGUCCUCCUGGUGGAGCUCCUCAUGGAGGGGCACCUGGAGGUCCACAGUUCUGUCCUCAGGGUUGGGGAAAUACCUAUCAGCAGUGGCAAGCCCCUGCUCCACAUGACCCAAGUAAGGCAGCAGCAGACCCGAACGCAGCAUGGGCAGCCUACUAUGCACAGUAUUACGGUCAACAGCCAGGGGGCGCCAUGGCAGGUCAGACUCCAGGAGCCCCUGCUGCAGCAGCACCAGGGGACCAGAGCCAGGCUGCACAGGCCGCUGGGGGGCAGCCGGACUACACUAAAGCUUGGGAGGAGUACUACAAGAAGAUGGGCAUAACCCAGCCAGCUGGAGGGGCAGCACCUGCUCCAGGCGCAGCAGCAGCUGCCACAGCGGCGGCUGGAGGAGCUGCGGCUGGAGGCCAGCAGGACUAUAGUGCAGCCUGGGCUGAGUACUACAGACAGCAGGCUGCCUACUAUGGACAGGGAGGGCAGGCACCUGGACAGGCUCCUGGUCCACAGCAGGGACAACAGGCCCAGUAAUCUAUUGGCUCCAGUAAUCGUUUGGCUCCAGUCGGAUGGAUGGUUGCAACGGCUCUGUGGACUUUUUUCUUUCAAGAGAUUUCCUUUUUGACUAUAAAAAGACAAGACCAUGGCUUAAUCAUCCGCACGGACAUUUUUUUACCAACCUUGUUUGUUUUAGAAAGUCAAAAUUGAAAGGAAAAAAGGGAACACAUUUUGCCCAUGCAUUGAACAAGCACUAAAUAACUUCUUCAGUUACUUUUUAGUUUGUCCCUUCAUGUCACAGUUAAACUCACCUUCUCUCAUACAUCUGAAUUUUAAAAAAAAAUGUGAAAUGAGCAUCUUUGCUUGCAAGCUAGCACAUCAGCAUCUCCACACUGACUCACAUUUCAAGAGUUUUUCUCCCAUUGAUUUUUGAGGGUGAAAACAGUCUAGCAGUAUUUUGAAUAUUUUCUUUCAUUUAAAAAAAAAAAA